AUGGAGAAGUUUCCUGAGCUCGGCCAUGCCGCUCUUCCUUUCUUCUCCCUCGAAGAUGGAUAUAUAAACCUCAAUUCCGGCACUGCAGGAGCUACGCCACGUCGUGUCGAAGACGCAACCAGGGAUCUUGCUGAUAAAGUAGCAGCAAAGCCAGACCGCUUCCUCUGGUUCGACUAUCGGCCCAUGGUGGAGGAGGUCCGGGGGCUAAUUGCGAAGCUGAUUGGCGCACAUCCCAGCGACUGUGCGUUCGUAUCGAAUGUCUCCCAUGGGAUCAAUAUCGUCCUGCGCAACUUUGACUGGGAGAACGGUGACGUCCUCGUCAUGACCAAUUGCACGUUCAACACUAUCAGAGCUGCAGCGCGCUACGUCUCUGACACCGCACCUCAUCCAAAGCUCUCCGAGUUCACACUGUCAAUCCCGGAGAAGCGAAAGGCAUUGUUCGAGCGAUUUCGCAAAUUUCUCCAGAGUCUGAAGGCUCAGCGGCGGCAAUCUGCUGAUGAGACUCCAAAGGGGAAAAUUGUUGCGGUAUUGGAUAGCAUCUCAGCGACCCCAUCUGUCUACAUGCCUUGGAAAGAUAUGGUUCAGAUAUGCAGAGAGGAGUCUGUGUGGAGCGUUAUCGAUGCGGCACAUUCGCUAGGACAGGAAGUGGACCUCAACUUGACAGAGGCAGCGCCUGACUUCUGGGUCUGCUCAAAAUGGAUGUACGCGAAGCACGGUUGUGCCGUGCUCUAUGUGCCAGAAUGCAACCAUCAUAUCAUCAGGUCAGCAUUUCCUACGGGCAUCACGUUUGGGCCGCUCCCGCCUGGACACGAAGGCGAUCCUCAAACCAAAUUCUCUUGGACCGGGACGAUAGAAUUCACGAUACCUUUGAGCAUCAAGCCCGCCCUCGAAUUUCGAGAAUUAUUAGGUGGCGAGAAGAGAAUCAAUGAUUACUGUCACACGCUCGCUCUAGCUGGUGGUAAACAUCUCGCCGAGACCCUGAACACGCGCAUGAUGUUCGCACCUAAUUCUGAUGAAGCGGAGAUGUUCACCGCAAACAUGGUCAACGUCGAGAUCCCUCUAGCAGGUUCGAUAGCACCGACUCCUGCUGUUACCUUGAAGUUCCAGGACAAGCUGCUCAACGAGCACAAUGUAUAUGCUUCGCAGUUUCACUACGAUGGCAGGUGGUGGACGAGGGUUAGUGCGCAGGUUUACAACGAGAUCGGCGACUUUGAGAAGCUCGGGAAAGCUCUCCUGAUCGUGUGCGCGGAGAUCUCGGAGGAGAUCGCGGAGCGAACAAAGAUGUGACAGCAUGUCGGCACACAUGCCUGAGGAAGCUCUUGAUGCGCAGAAAUCUGUAAUGAGAGGGCAAUCGAUCAGCG